AUGAGCCGCCGUCGCCUCGCGCUGCUGCUCGCGCUCGCCGCGUUUGUCGCGCCGUCGACAGCGCUUCGCUGCUACGAGAACGACAACAACAAGCUCGUGCCCACCGAGGAGUCGAAUCCCGAAUGGAGCUAUUGCGGCUUCAUUCCCGCCGAUCACAUCAACGACAUUCGAGUGUUCGGAAUGGGCCCACGCGAGGACUCAAUGCUGACCUACGACGCCUCGUUCCGUCAAACCCACGAAGCUUACAAGGUGUUGAGCGUGUGCAUCCACGAGAAGUACGACAUGCCGCUCAUCUCGCCGGUCUUCCGCUCGUCCGAAUACCUAUUUCGUUGCGUGUGCAACUAUGAUUUGUGCAAUUCGCCGGCCAAUUUCCCGCAAUUUUUGAGGAAAUUCUAA